AAAUGACGACAGUUCUAAAGGCGAACGGAGGUGGGUUUCAUUUCGGCGCCUUUCUUUCUCUGGCGGAAGCAAUUGGCUGCCAUGCAGCGAAAGAGGCGGGACAAAUUGCCGCGGGUUCAGUGCCGCCACUGGAACCGGGAGAUGCGGCGCCGGAGCUGUCGCUGCGUUUGCUCUAACCUGACUCUCGUUCUUUAUUGUGGUUCCCGCUGCGGUUUUGAUCAUGUUGUUACCCUCGGAUGUAGCCCGGCUGGUAUUGGGUUACCUACAACAAGAAAACCUCAUUUCUACCUGCCAAACUUUUAUUUUGGAAAGUUCAGAUUUAAAAGAAUAUGCGGAACACUGUACAGAUGAAGGGUUUAUUCCAGCCUGCUUACUGUCCUUAUUUGGAAAAAACUUGACAACAAUUUUGAAUGAAUAUGUAGCUAUGAAAACAAAAGAAACAUCAAAUAAUGUCCCAGCAAUAAUGUCAUCUCUGUGGAAGAAGCUGGAUCACACCCUUUCUCAAAUCAGGAGCAUGCAAAGUUCCCCAAGGUUUGCUGGCAGUCAGAGAGCCCGAACAAGAACUGGGAUUGCAGAAAUCAAACGGCAGAGAAAGCUCGCAUCUCAAACAGCUCCAGCCAGUGCAGAGUUGCUGACUUUACCUUACCUUUCAGGACAGUUUACCACUUCUCCUUCCACAGGUACACAAGUUACUCGACAAAGUGGCCAAAUUUCAAAUCCAUCGAGGUCAUAUUUCGUAGUGGUCAACCAUUCACAGUCACAAGAUACUGUAACCACUGGAGAAGCUUUAAACGUCAUUCCUGGCGCUCAGGAAAAGAAAGCACAUGCCAGUUUAAUGUCUCCUGGUAGACGCAAAAGUGAAUCUCAGAGAAAAAGUGCCAUUUUAUCUGGCCCUCAUUCAACAAUACGGAAUUUCCAGGAUCCAAACGCAUUCGCAGUAGAAAAACAAAUGGUUAUUGAAAAUGCACGAGAAAAAAUUCUAAGCAACAAAUCUCUUCAAGAAAAGCUAGCAGAAAACAUAAAUAAAUUUUUAACUAGUGAUAACAAUAUUGCCCAAGUACCUAAGCAAACAGAUAACCACCCUACGGAGCCAGAGACUUCAAUUGAUGAAUUCCUAGGACUUCCGAGUGAAAUCCACAUGUCUGAAGAAGCUAUACAAGAUAUACUGGAACAGACAGAAUCAGACCCAGCAUUUCAGGCACUCUUUGAUCUCUUUGACUAUGGUAAAACAAAGAAUAAUAAAAAUGUGUCACAAAAUAUUUCCAGUCAGCCUAUGGAAUCCAAUCCCAAUAUAGUCUUAGCAGAUGAAACUAAUCUAGCAGUUAAAGGUUCUUUUGAAACAGAAGAAUCUGAUGGUCAGUCUGGUCAGCCCCCAUUUUGUGCAUCCUAUCAGAAUGAUGAUCCAUUAAAUGCUUUGAAGAAUAGCAACAGUCAUGAUGUGCUUAGACAUGAAGACCAGGAACAUUUUUCCCAAAUAAGCUCCAGCAUACAGAAAAAGGCUGUACUCAUUGAACAAAAGUGUGACAUUGACAUUACCUUUGAGUCUAUGCCUAAUUUGAACGACUUUAACCAAAGAGGGAAUUCUAAUGCCGAAUGUAAUCCACACUGUGCUGAAUUAUACACCAAUCAGAUACCUACUGAAACUGACAUGGCUAUAGAAAUUGAGAAGAACUCUUUGUCUUCACAUGUACCAAAUGAAUCUCAGUUACAGACUGAGCAGCCUGAUUUACCGAUUACUUCAUUCGUUUCACUUGGUUGUGAAGCUAACAGUGAAAACUUAAUUCUCUCUGGGAAAAGUUCUCAACUUUUAUCCCAAGAUACUUCAUUAACGGGAAAGCCAUCUGAAAAAAGUCAAUUUUGUGAGAAUUCUAAUGACACAGUAAAACUUAAAACUAAUUUUCAUGGUUCCAAGUCACCAGAUUCUAGUGAAAUUCACAAGAGUAAAAUAGAAAUUAAUAAUGUUUUAGAACCAGUUAUGUCACAGCUAUCAAAUUGCCAAGAUAAUUCUCUUCAAAGUGAAAUAUUACCUGUGUCUGUUGAAAAUUCACAUUUAAGUGUAUCUGGAGAACAAGUAGAAAUUCAUCUUGGAGAUUCGCUGUCUUCUGCUAAACAACCGUCUAAUGAUUCAACAUCUGUUGAGUUAAAUCUUACAGAAAAUGAAGCCCAGCCAUCCAAGUCUGAGAAGUCACAAGAGCCUUCAUCUUCUGGAAAAGAAGAGGAUACUAUUUUUCUCUCUUUAGGUGGAAAUACCUGUGAGGAAGUUGCGCUGAUGCCUCCAGAAGGUACUCCUAUAGAAAACAGUGACCCUCUUCCUCCGGAAUCUGUGUGUUCUUCAGUGGGAGAUCCUCACCCUGAGUCCCAAAAUACUGAUGAUAAACAUUCUAGCAACAACUCAGCAGAAAUAGAUGAAUCAAAUAUCGUCUCUCUCAAAGUUAUCAUUAGUGAUGAUCCAUUUGUUUCCUCAGAUACUGAACUUAACAGUGCUGUUUCUAGUAUCAAUGGAGAAAACCUGCCAACUAUAAUCUUGUCUUCUCCUACUCAAUCACCUGCCAAAGAUGCAGAAUUAGUUAAAUGCCUAUCUUCUGAAGAAGCUGUAGGUGCUGUCGUUUAUGCUGAAGUAGGGGAUUCAGCCUCAAUGGAACAGAGCCUUUUAGCGUUCAAACCUGAAGACUCUGCCGUAAACAACUCCCAGAAUGAAGAUGGCAUUACUCUUUCAGCUAACGUUACACCAUGUGUUUCCAAGGAUGGAGGAUAUAUACAGUUGAUGCCAGCCACAAGCACAGCCUUUGGCAAUUCAAGUAACAUUCUGAUAGCCACCUGUGUGGCUGAUCCACCAGCCUUAGGAACAUCUGUAAGUCAGUCUAAUGUGGUGGUGUUGCCCGGAAACUCUGCACCUAUGACUGCUCAACCUCUGCCACCUCAGUUACAGACAUCACCAAGGCCAAACAGUGUGUUUGCUCUCAACCAAGCUGUAUCACCAAACUUUUCACAAGGAUCUGCCAUAAUAAUUGCCUCUCCAGUCCAGCCUGUACUCCAAGGAAUGGUAGGGAUGAUCCCAGUAUCUGUGGUUGGACAGAAUGGAAAUAACUUUUCUAGUCCUCCUCGGCAGGUCCUUCAUAUGCCUUUGACAGCACCUGUAUGCAGUAGAAGUAUCCCUCAAUUCCCUGUCCCUCCGAAAUCUCAGAAGCCUCAGGGACUAAGAAACAAGCCUUGUAUAGGAAAACAGGCGAAUAAUUUAGUGGAUUCGUCAAGUCGUUCAGUUGGAUGUGAUGCGCAAAGAACUGAAGUUUCUGACAAGAAUAUUGGCACAGAUCUUGGGAAGCAAUCAGAAGAAACCACAGUUCCCUUUCCAGAAGAGAAUAUAGUGCCAGCUGCUAAACCGUGCCACAGACGUGUACUCUGUUUUGACAGCACUACUGCUCCUGUGGGAAAUACGCAGGGGCCAAACCAUAAGAUGGUGUCCCAGAGCAAACAAAGGAAUGCAGUCUCUUGUCCCAAUCUCGACUCACCCGGUGCGUCGUCCGCCUUAAAACCCCCUUCCAAGAAUGCUAUCAAAAGAGAGAAAGAGAAGCCGCCUCUGCCUAAGAUUUUAUCUAAAUCAGAAAGUGCCGUUAGCCGGCAUACUGCCGUAAGAGAAACUCAGUCAGAAAAGAAAGUUUCACCAACAGAAAUUGUGCUUGAAUCUUUCCAUAAAGCAACAGCUAAUAAGGAGAAUGAAUUAUGCAGCGAUGUAGAAAGGCAGAAAAAUUCAGAAAAUUCCAAACCAUCUACUGGGCAGCAAAAUGGGGGUUUGCGAACUGAGAAAUCUAUAGCUUCACUGCAAGAACUGAACAAGAAACAAGGCACAUCUUCAAGCAGUAAAAAUGGCCUUUCAGUAGGUACAGCUGUGAGAGAUCUAAAACAAGAACAGACUAAAUCUGCCAGUUCUUUGAUUACCGCAGAAAUGUUACAAGAGGUACAGAGGCACAGCUCAGGAAGUAGGCUUGCCGAUACUGGUGAUUUAGCCGUACCCCGGACACCUGGCUCAGGGGCAGGGGAAAAACAUAAAGAAGAACCUGUAGAUGUUAUCAAGGCCCCCUCUAGUAGGCGUUUUGGUGAAGACAGUAGCACAUCAAAAGUAAUGGUCCCUCCUGUCACCCCAGACUUGCCUGCCUGCAGCCCUGCCAGUGAAACAGGCAGUGAAAACAGUGUAAAUAUGGCUGCCCACACGUUGAUGAUUCUCUCUAGGGCAGCCAUCUCUAGGACCACUUCAGCAACUCCUCUGAAAGAUAACACACAACAAUUUAGAGGAUCUUCACGGAGCACCACAAAAAAGCGGAAAAUUGAGGAAUUAGAUGAACGUGAGCGAAACUCUCGAACUUCUAGUAAAAAUCUUACAAAUUCAUCAAUACCAAUGAAAAAGAAGAAAAUUAAGAAAAAGAAGCUUCCUAGUUCAUUUCCAGCAGGAAUGGAUGUGGACAAAUUUUUGUUAUCAUUACAUUAUGAUGAGUAAACAUUGUGGACACAUAAGAACAGUAGCUGUUCAAAACUCGUAUCCCUUAAACUGAGUGUAGGGAAUGGGAUGUUGACAGAAUCUGAAAGCAUGACCUGCACUUUCCAUUGUACUGAGAUUUCACUUUAUAUCUAAAUCACGCUGUUUCUGAAACAGCUUCCUAGUUUGUAAAUAGACUUACCUGGCAUAUUUUUAUUUGGGGAAAAACAUUUGCAGAAAUGUAAGUAAAGCCAGUCUGCAAAACUGUAUAGCUUUGACAAUUGCAUAUUGUAAAUAUUAUGUAAAUUUGUUGAAAUAGAGGUUAAAUCAACCUAA